AUGAACAUGAGUAACAGUCCUCGCUCUGAGCGUAACCUGUCUCGCCAAUCUUCCAAAUCUAAUUUGGGAGUGAAGCAAGAGACAGCUACUUCUCUCCCUUCUGGAUGCUGUCGAGGCUUCAACAGCGUUAGGACUGUGUCUUCCACCGCCCUAACAUCGCAACACCAUCAGCUUCAACAGCGUUAUGAAAGAUUCCAAGCAAAGGUGGCUGGUUUGGAAAAGGAGGUGCAAAGGCAGAAAGAACUUAGAGUGAUGUAUAAGAAAAGAAUGGAAAGGACACAAGAUUACUUAAGGUACUGUCUCCAAAUCGCACAAGAUAAUGGAAUCUUGGACCUCAUUCUCCACUCCAAAGGUGAACUUCAGCUGCCACAAUCUCCCCCCCCUCUCUACACUCCUCAGAUUCCCACUCCUUCGCAUCACCACCCCAAUCUAACGCCCAUCAUCCAUCAAGCCAAAAUCAACGGAUGGUAUAUUAAUCCAAGUGAGAUUGAGUUGGAAGAGAAAAUAGGGCAGGGAACCACAGCGGACAUUCAUAAGGGAACAUGGCGCGGAUUUGAUGUGGCGGUGAAGUGCAUGGCACCUGAAUUCUUCCGCACAAACACAAACGGUGUCGUAUUCUUCGCUCAGGAGCUUGAAACUCUCGCCAAACAGCGCCACCGUUUCGUGCUUCACCUUAUGGGUGCGUGCCUUGAGCCUCCUCAUCAUGCAUGGGUCGUUACGGAGUAUCUCAACACCACGCUAAAGGAGUGGCUCCAUGGCCCAGGAAAAAGGCCCAAAACCCGAAUUGUGCCACUCCCUCCUUUAAAAGAUAGAGUAAUGAGCGCCUUAGAGAUAGCCCAAGCCAUGCAGUAUCUCCACGAACAAAAGCCCAAAGUCAUUCACCGUGACUUGAAGCCCAGCAACAUUUUCCUAGACGAUGCCAUGCAUGUUAGAGUUGCGGAUUUUGGACACGCUCGCUUCUUGGGUGACGAUGAAAUGGCUCUCACCGGAGAAACUGGAACAUACGUAUACAUGGCACCCGAGGUGAUUCGGUGUGAGCCCUAUAAUGAAAAAUGUGAUGUAUACAGUUUUGGAGUCAUACUGAACGAGCUUCUGACUGGAAAAUACCCCUACAUUGAGACAGAAUUUGGUCCUGCCAAGAUUGCUAUGGAAGUUGUGGAGGGGAAGCUAAGGCCUAUGCUUCCAUCAAGGGACGAUGGUGACCAACUGGGAGAGUUGGUUGACCUAGUGUGCCUUUGCUGGGACGGAACUCCAUCUACUCGACCAUCCUUUGCAACCAUUAGCCUCAGCCUUAAAGGCUAUGCCAAUAGGGUCCUUCAAAAUUCACACUAG